ACCCUAAUAUUCACAACGCCAUUUCUCAAUUCAUAUUCACAAUCACUAUAAACAUUGAAUUCUUUAUCAAUCAAUUCUUUUCUUGAUGAAAUAAUUGCACUUUACUUAGUAUUCUUGAUUUUUUUUUCUCUGUUAUAAUAGAUAUUAUUUGCUGUUACGGUUUUAUUGAAAUCAUGACAAUGGGAUAGCAUUGAGAAACAUUGAAUUCCAUUCAUUUCUGCAAAAAAAAAUGUGAUCAGGAAUUUCAAGGCUAGUAGUUUAGAAGGCAAUGCUAUAAGGCUCUCCAUAGAAGAUGGAACUGAUCGGUUCUAGUUCAAAUGCCCAUCAGAAUGAUUCUUCAAGGGGCUUGCCUGAUGCUAGCAAAAGUAACUUGACUGAGAAAGAAGAAUAUGUAAACCAUGCUGAGAUAGCAUGGAAUAAAAUGAGGAAAGAAUGGAUUGGUGAUCAGUCAAAAAAAUUAGAGAGACCAUCUAAAGAUUCAACUAUAUGCCUGACAACACGUUCAGACGACAUGCUUUUCUCUAGAGAACCUUUCUGUCCGCCUAUACCAUUACCCGCGAUGGUAGGCUAUUUUGUUAAAAUUUGGGAAGAGCAAGGUCUCUUUGAAAUAGCUAACAGGUAAUUUUCUGCUGUAAAUUUCAGUAAGAAUCUUGCACGAUUUUAUGUGCAAAGAAGCCAUUACAAGCACAUUGCUGAGAGUGAGACAGACCCUUUAACAUGAGAUUGGUUGAAGUCGUUGAAUGACAAUGUUAUCGGUUCUGUUGGCAUCCAAAUAAGCUAAUUAGCAGUUUCUGCCUGCCACAAAGUAGAUUUUUGGGUCGUUUGUGACAGGCUAAACAUUUCCCUUUAAGUUACUUUAUAAUUUUUUUACAGUUUUGAACUUGAAUGCGAUCUCCAUUAUUACAAAGUGGGCAAUCUCAGUAUUUUGAUGAAGUUUAAAAUAAAAUAAGAAAAGUUGAAUUCA